AUUCUACUUCUUCUUUUCCCAGCCUUUUAUUUUAUUUUUUCGUCUUCGAUUCGCUUAUAAUGAUGUAUCUCUAUGGCUAUUGGUUCGUAGGGCCUCUCAUCCUAUGGUCUCUUUUGAUAAUUGUAAUAGCGAUUUACAUCACCAAGAGCUCAGUACACAGAUCAUCAGUUCUAUACGCUGCUCUUAUGCCUGCUAUAUUCGAAUUGGUGUGGGCUAUUUUGAAUGCUGUCUUAUCACAAAAUAUAGCAUCCAGACAUUACUCUGGAGCUGUAAAUACUCCUGUCGUACGUGCAUUCGACUUUUUGCGGCCCUCUUUUGCGCCAUUACCUGGAUUGGUUGCCUUUUUACGCAUGUCUAAACAGAUAGGGAGAAAACGAAUUCCAUGGCUAGCUUAUUUAGGAUUUUUUUAUGUUAUACUUUUAGUCAUUGUGAGCCUUGUGUAUAUUCUAGCUGAUCCUCUUGUUUACGGAUUAGUUGAAUUUGUGAUUCGUGGACAUAGCGGCUUUAUUGGCGUCUUUAUACUAUAUCUUGCAAUCUUUUGGGAAAUAUUAGAGGGAAGAGCCAAUAUCACAUUACUUGUGUACGCCUCUAUGUACAUAAUUUCAGAAAUUUUCUUCUUGGUUGCGAAUAUUGAUGCCCUUUAUGGUUAUGCCCGUCUGGCUAUCUUCUUUUGCCUUUCUGAAUUUCCCCUGUUUAUAUCUAUCUUACUUUCGGUUUUGUACGGACAUCUUUGGACGAUAGAGAAACCUUCGCCAGAAAGCCGAGUGAAUGAUGACGAAGAAUACAAAUUAGAAACCAAUCAUAAUAAUAAUUAUGGGAACGACAACAGUCUAGUCGAUUAUGAUAGUACUGAUAGCUUUUUGCCACCGCCGUACAGUGGUUAGUAACAGCAACAACAAAAAACAUAUAGAGACGUCCAGUAUGUUUUCAUAUACUAGUUUGACAUUAUUUAAUAAAAAAUGUGUAUAAUAAUAAAAA